AGCUUCGCUAUAGUUGUAAAAAAUGCUUUCGUAUUUCUUUCGAAAAUGCACUAGGACCACAGGUCUGGUAUUGCUUUCCAUUCUUUCGGAAAUUUUUCGAAUCACGCAUGGUCUUGCAGCUCCUGAUAGUGCAGUAGACCAAGAAAAGAAUGAAGAGCUACACGAUGGCAAGAAAAUACCGCCAGUCACGCUGCGCAGCAAUUUGAGCCUGUAUAUCCCGUUCCUGCACUAUUACGACUUGAUUUUUUUCGAGUCACCGCUCGUGCCGACUAGCGAUGUUCUCGAUCGGAACGCGCACGAUGAACUCGCGUAUCCCACGAAAAAACUGCUUCACUGUGAUGAUUUUGCAAGAACCGCAUCACAAGUUUGCUACACAUGACACAGAAAAUUCGCCAUGCGCGUUUCCCAAGGGAAAGCACGCUUGAAAAUCCAAUGUCUUGCAGGUGUAGCAAGACAAAUAGUUCUGUGCUCCAUUUUCUGCAUCACAAGUUCACAGUGAAGCAGUUUUUUCUUGCGAUAUCGUGAUCGCGACGGCAAAUUUGGUCCAACUCCUGCCCCACUUCUCGCGAGAGCACGUGCCCGCGCAGGUGGGUGAGGCAGUACAGGAUGUGUUGCGGUUUGUGGCACGAAAAUUUUCCAGCGAGGCGGAUACAAGUCCUACUACACCGGGCGCGCCGAUAUUCCUGGCCCUGGCGAGAAUCGCGCAAUUGCAGUUUCUGGCCAACGCGCACACCGUUUUUCCAUCGGCUGAGUGUGUUUGGGGCGCGGAUCGCAUUUCUCGCGUUGUCUGCGGUAGCGACGGCUGGCAGUGCAACGCGAACAAGAGCGGCCGCCUUGCCGCCCGCGAUGCAAUCGCUCUGCUGCGGGACCAGGUAAUACGGGAUCAUCAUCUCACGACCGUGUUGCAACCUCCAGGAGAGGCCGCGGGCGCCCUGGAAUCCGAAUCUGCUCAAAGCGAAAAUGACAAGAUGAAGCGUCUGUUUCAUUUACCCGUUUCUUCGUGUGUUUCGUUGACCACCUACGCCACUCUGUCGCUCGGGCUUCCGGUGCCUUGGCACUACUUUUUGCAAAACAGCGGUAGCACGAGCACGACAUUGCCGCUUCUGCCACCUUUGCUUCACACCCUGGACCACCUUGCGCGCCCGGCGACGGUUCAAAUUGACCUGCGCGCUCCCGGCUUCAUCGACUCGGAAAACCACGAAUUUCGGCUUGAAAAGGACCAGGACCUCAAGCUGACGUUGGCAGUCUUUCCCGAACGGGAACUUGUCUCGGACUUCUUACGCGCACGAAAAGUCCCGUAUUGCAACGGCGGCGUGCUCAAAGCGGUGGAGACGUGGUUCUUUACAACGUCAGAAGUAAAACAGCGUGAUAGAACAGCAGCAGCGGCCGCGCAUGAGGAUAGAAGUGCAGAACCCCUCCAUCUCAUCGAAGUCGGUGCCAAUCUUGGAGAUUGCCUUCUGUUCCUUCUAAAGAAACACGCACAUUGGACCGGCCAAGCCGUGGAAGCGGUCCCGCGAACGGCCCAACGCCUGCGCGAGUCCGUUCGGCUGAACCAGCUGGGCCACCGCCUGGAGGUGGUAAACCGAGCCGUGUCUGCGGAGAAUCAGAAGUUCAUACCCCUGAAAAGCAAGCCCUUCAGCCUCAACAGCGCCAGCUUCACGGGAACGGACGACGAGGCAAACGAGGGAAGCGGAUCGCACAGCUCUUCUGUCGGAAGUACAACCUCUGGCGCAAAUGUUGAGCAGAACCAUGCAGUAGUAAGACCCAGGCCGAAAAAAAGACUGAAAAGCGCAAGAACCACUGGUGUGGUGUCCUCGAGUCGCGCACUACUAAGAACAGCUGCAACGACCACAACAACUGGUGACGAGGCGCAAAAUAAAUCGGGUCGAGACCUCCGUGUCCCCACGUGCCGUCUAGACGAUGCGUUUUUCUUUCCGAAAGCUGCUGACGUGCUUUUGCUGAACACAAAUGGCCACGAGCUUUCGGUCCUGCGCUCCCUCGAAGCUCGCAGCAUGCCCGAUUUGAUCGUACUCCAGAUGUAUGCGCGGGACCACGGUGUAGCCAAGGAUCCGAACUACAGUGCUGCCGAAAUUUUCCGGUUUCUCUUUUACCGCGGGUACUCAAUGCAUUGGACCAACGACCCAAUAGGAGAGAACAAGAGGAUCGACUCCCUUCGCGAUUUCUAUCUACUACUCGCCACCGUUUCACCGGUGUUUGAUUUGGUGGCACAACGGCGCAAAGGAAGCGUAAGUCGACGGACAACUAAAGUUGCGCACGGUCAGGAUGAAGGCGAUCACGAUGGAGACUCGAAUGAAAAAUUCCACAAUGCCCUUUUGGUGCGGUCUUUGGAAGCGGAGUGGAGACUGAGGCACAUGUCGCAGGCCGAUAACGAAACUCCCUUUCUUGCCGUCGGCAACGGCGAAACGCCCAGUUCCUGGGUGGAAGUCUCCGCAGGCCGGCUCCGCGACAAUUGGCGACGGUUGUCAUCACUCGUGCCGGCGAUUCUCCACAGGGCACUGCCAGACGCCGCCGCGCCGGAAAUCGGUGUGGUGCUGAAAUCAAACGCCUACGGCCACGGUGUCGGCCACGCCGCGAAGAUUCUUGCGGAAGACGGAGCAAAGACGUUUUUUGUCGACAGUUUGCAGGAUGCGAUCAAAGUGCACGAGUCGCUAGUAGUCCCUGACUCCACUGUGUCUGUGUCAUCAGAAAGGGACGUGCGACCGGAAAUAGAAGAUCAAGAUUUUGAAAUCGUCCUUCUCUACCGCGCGCCUCGAAGUUUGGCGAUCCUGUGCGAGCUGGCCGCCAGGAAAAUCUCUGUCACCGUGCUCAGCCUCCGCUGGUUGGAGGAAAUGUUGGCCUCAGUAGAGUUACAGUUUUCGGGAAACGAAAAUGCAAAAACGCCAGUAGACUUUUCUGUCGCCGAAGUGUGCAGGGGUGUAAUUCCAGCGCCAACAACAACAGUGCAGAAGCUGCGAGUCCAUUUGUGGUUCGACUCGGGCCUGGCUCGGGAAGGCUUGGACUACGACUCUGAAACGAUUGCUCGAUUGAGCAAAAUGCUGAUGAAAAAUGCAGUGAAUAACCACAACAUCCUCGACGUCCGCGGCGUCGGGACGUCCUGGUGUUGCGUGAACGAUCUCGAAGCGAUGGAGCAUUACGCUGCGAAAUUUCGGGAGACAGCUGAAGUUCUGCGUGCCACAGUACUAAAGGAUAAGGAAGUUUAUUUCCAUGAUCCAGCAGCUAGUGCUGACGAACCUCAACGCUAUCAACGAGCCUUGUUCAAGUUGCACACGAUCGCCUCCUCCGGGCUUCACCACCCGCACCUGUACUUUGACCUAGUGCGGAUCGGUGGCUUCUUGUUCGGGCAGGGGGGUACGCUGGGAAAGGACCAAGUUCGCCUGCAGUCGGCUUUACUUUGGAAGAGUGUGGUCUCCUCGCUGCAUUGGUUCGACCCCCGGCAGGAGCGUAUGGGCUACUGCGACCUGCAGGGCGAGGGCUGUUUGCAGCCAGCCGCCGCGGUUCUCUUGCCCGUGCAAAAACUGCUACGGGACGAGGAGGAGCUAGUACAUAUCUAGAACGGGCGGUCGCUCCGCGCCCGCCGGCCCGGCGACGAGGGGGUGCAAGGGGGAGCGAGGGAGAAAGAAGCUAUCGGGUAGCGCCUAGCGCUACAGCCUCAAACCAUGCUGGCGCCAAUGGCGAAAAAAAGAAACGGCAGCGCCCCUGGCCUUCUUCCCUCGGCCAGCGGGAGCGAAAGCAGUGUAGGUAGAGAGAAGGCCGCGAGGCGCAAGGGGCGGUAGGGGGCGCACAGCGCACCCCCUGCCCGAGCCGCCACAAACAGGUCCGGCGGAGAGCGUGCCAGGACCCUUUUCGACGGCCCGGGAGGCUAGUCACAGGUGGAAAAAGAAGGAAAAGAGCGCGCCGAUGGCCGAACGGCUAGAAAUACGGCCGGCGCCAAGCAAAGAUAAAACAGAGCAGGCAAGGAGGCAGCGGGAAGGCAGAGAAGGCGCUGCGGGUGGUUCUCGCAAGAAACCAGACAACCCCCAAAAAAAGUAAGCAGGCCAAAACCCGCGCCCGGGGAAGAGGGAAAAAACCCCGGAAACGAAAGGGGAUGGAAGCGCCCGAACAGCCCGAUGGGGCGAAAUCAGGCAGCCCCGGCGAGGCCGAAGAGCCCCCGCGGCCGGCAGAGGGCACGCGACGAGGCCCGCCCUGGAGAGCCACAGGCGGCAGGAAAGGCGCAAACUGCCGCCAACCUCCUCGAAACAGGGGGCGAAUGGCAAGGGGCGCCAGAAUGCAGCACGACUUCGGCCCCGGGCAGGCAAUCGGCAGCCGCCAAGCAGGCGCCGAACGAAGAAUGCUCGGCAAGGGGAGACCGCUGCCCCAAGCCCCCUGCCCGAGUCUCCUUGACACGCGGCCCGGGCGAGCUUUUGCUGGUCUAUUGUGUUUCUAUCGCGAUUUCUCGCUCCGGCUGCGUUGGCGGGUUUUCGCACUAGUGUUUUCGCUUUCCCCAAAAUCUGCAUUUUUGUCACUAGUGUCUCCACUAGUGGGCACCUUCACUAGUGGUGCCUGUCACUAGUACCGGUCGCGCCUUUUUGUGACGCUAAAACCACUAGCAGGAUUUCUACUAGUGGCUGCUUUUCCACUAGCACAAUUCUACUAGCAGCGUUUCUACUAGCACCUCGCACCCCCGCGUCCGCCAGAAUUUUUUGAAUAGUAUUAUAAAAAACUGCUACGGGACGAGGAGGAGCUAGUACAUGGUCGCGAGGACCCUGCGGUUGGUGAUGAAAAGAACAAAAUGUGGAAAAUUGCGGUGUUGCCUGUGGGAAGUGUCGACUUUGCUGGGAAGGGGUUUGUUGUGGUCGAUCGCCCGCUCCUUUCAGAUGCGGAUGAACAGGAUGCAAAGGAGGAGCCCUUGCCCGUCUUGUUUCAAGCCCUGUCCACGACGGUGGUGGGUAUUUCCGAGGUAGUCCACCCAAGAACUUUCCGUCAAAUCCGAACGGGUGCCAAGGUCAUCCUGUGCGACGCAGAAUGCAUGCGAACGCGACCUGUAAGCGCCUCGGUACCGAGGAUCCGCGUGGAUUAGACGGUGGAGUCAGCGUCGACUUUUUUCUCUCGUGGUCCUGACUUUAACCCUUACAAUUAAUGAGACUGGGAUAAUAUGUCAAUCUCAAUGUCAUCUCCCACAAAAGCAAAUUUUUUCACAGAUAGCGACAAAACGCAUGUACGGGCUCGCAGGUGAGCGCGGUCCGUUUCGCAAUUGUAUACUUGACACAGAUGAUCGAUUAU